AUGGCUGUCGACACAAGCUACCUGACUACACAGGUCAACAACAUUGUUGAGCAACUUCAUGGCAUCUUCGAUGAUAUUGGUGUCCCUGCGCAUGAGCGCGACACUCGUGAAGCAGAGCUCUUCAGUGCUCUGUCAGAGACGUUGAACAAUCAUCUCAAGCUUGUCGAUGACGAGAAAGACCAGAUGACACAAGAAGCCCAGCGUUUAAUCACUACCAUUCAACAAAUAGAAGUCUCACUGGGCGAUGAGCGCGCCAAUGGCCAGUAUGAACUAAAUCGCGACGAUCUUCGUAUUACCUACCCCCUCACUCGGUGUAUCGCCUUUUUGCGCGAGAAGAGUGAGGCGAUGACAAAACUGCACCGCGAGCGUUUUGAGCAAGUCAAGAAACUGGUGGAUGCCCUGGAAUCCUAUUCCUCGCACCUCGAGACCUCCUUCCUUAUCAUUGAACUUCCUCCUACUGCACCAGGCUCGUCUAUCCCGCCAAGCUUCGAUCUCUCUCCGGACUAUGUAACGUCGCUGGAUUCCGAGUUUAGUCGCGUCUACGAGGAAUACCAUCGCCGUGUCUCUUUUGUUCAGACUACCAGCGAAGAAAUCAUUAAGAUGUGGGCUGAACUUGGAACCCCCCAGGUUCAGACUGAUUCCAAUAUCGUCAAGUAUUAUCGCGAAUCGCCCGAACAGCUUGGGCUUCACGAGACCGACCUUGCCAAUUUAAUGGCCAAGCGUGACAAAUUGAUGGAUGAGAAGAAAGCACGCGAACGCAAGAUCAAGGAACUUCGUGCCUCGGUUGAGAGUCUAUGGGAACGCUUUGGUGUUGAGGAGUCGGAUCGCAAGGCAUUCUUAUCGGCGAAUCGUGGUUGCGGUCUCCGAACUAUCAAUGAAUAUGAAGAGGAAUUGACUCGCCUCAACGAAUUGAAGAGGCAAAAUAUGCAUCUCUUUGUGGAGGAUGCUCGAUGCCGCUUGCAGGAACUAUGGGAUGUCUUGUUCUUCUCUGAGGAGGAGAUGCUCGACUUUACCCCCGCUUUCUCUGACGUGUGCAGCGAUGCUCUGCUGGAGGCCCACGAAGCCGAGAUCUCUCGAUUAGAAACCCUCAAGGAGCAACGUGCACCUACAUUAGAAAUGAUUGAAAGGCACCGCGGACUGCUGGCAGAUCGCGAAGCUUUGUCAUCAUCCAGCCAGGAUGCCUCUCGCUUGAUGGCUCGUGGCAACAAGGGCGAGAAGCGAGACCCAGGCAAGUUGCUGAGAGAGGAGAAGAUGCGCAAGAGGAUAGCCAAAGAUCUCCCUAAGCUUGAAGCAGACCUUCGAAAGGAGCUGGAGCAUUGGGAGGAUGAGUUCGGUCGACCAUUUUUGGUUCACGGUGAUCGUUACCUUGAUAAUUUGACUCCUGCUACCAGACAACCGCCUCGCUCUAAGACACCCUCUGCACCACCCUCAACGAUGAAGACCAGCGCGGCAAGGCCACAAUCGGUAUCACGCCCUGGAAGCUCCAUGCGUGGUCCGCCCCCACCUCGCUCUGCUACGAAGACCCCGAACGGAAGUCGUCCGGUCAAGCACAACACCAUCGGAUACGCUGGAUCUAGAUCGGGUGCGAGUUCUCCUUCAAAACUUCCUGCCAGAGCACCGUUGAGCAAUAUGCCACAUGGGAAUAACUCACCCGAGCGUCGCACUGGACCCGGCUCGUAUUCAUCUAGUACCGUCAAUGGCAAGAUGGCCCCUCCUCGUGGCCCACCUCCACGUAUGCGUGCCCUGACUGUUGAAUCGAAGGAGCGCAACAGUCAUAUGAUGGAGCCGCCUCGCUGCAAUAGUGCCAUGUCCAGUGCUUUCGUUCGGCCCGUUAGCCCUGAAGAUGUCUAUGACGACCGCCAACGUUCCUUUAUGAGCGCGUCUGUCAUGUCCAACUCACAUCGCUCAAUUGGCAUGUCCCACUCAUCUCAUUCUUCCCUCUCAUCGUUGUCGUUGAGUUCAUCUCAAAUGGGAUAUCCCAGAGCAAACCCUUAUUUAUCACACGCAGCACCACCUCCUCCAGCUCUUCGGCAAACUUCAAACUCAUCUACCGUUAACACCGCUACUUCCGGGUCUGAGAAUUGGGAGACCUUCGACGACGCAUCAGAGUCGGAAGCUGACCCAGGUGACGUUUACUAUGCCAAGUUGCGUGCUGGACCUGGCAAGCGAUUUGCACCAGAUGAUGGGUUGGGCUUAAUGGGCAAGAAGAGCAAGGGAAUACGCAGUGUCAGCCCUGAUGGACCUCAUCCAGGUCAGGUCCUUCGCGUUGCGGGCAGCGAUACUGAGUGGACUGAUGACUUUGAAACGUAUUAA